GGAGGAUCGAGAGGGAGGAGGCUUCAUUUGCAGCCAUGCUGAAUCACUGUUGCUGAUCAGAUCUCCUGCUGGUUGGCUGCGAGAACUGAGAACAGAGCUAGGAUCUCUGGGUGCAUGCACAAUUCAGCAGCUGCCACCCCCGCUGGGCCUCGCACAAUGGAGGGUGAAAGCAUCAAGCUGAGCUCCCAGCCCUCAAUACAGGCUGGGGAUGAUGAGAAGAACCAGAGGACUAUCACUGUCAACCCUGCCCACAUGGGGAAGGCGUUCAAGGUUAUGAAUGAACUGCGGAGUAAGCAGCUGUUGUGUGACGUGAUGAUUGUGGCGGAAGAUGUCGAGAUAGAAGCCCAUCGUGUGGUCCUGGCGGCCUGCAGCCCCUACUUCUGUGCAAUGUUCACAGAUACUGUGCUUUGCACUAUGGAGGACUUGAUGGAACUACAGUCUCAGCCAGACCAGUUGGGUAUGCAGCCCUUUGUCCACCAUGAGGCAAAGAAAGGUGACAUGUCUGAGAGUAAAGCCAAGAAGAUUGAAAUCAAGGACGUGGAUGGACGGACACUGAGUAAACUGAUUGACUAUAUCUAUACAGCCGAAAUCGAGGUGACCGAAGAGAAUGUCCAGGUGCUGCUUCCAGCAGCCAGCUUGCUGCAGCUCAUGGAUGUACGGCAGAACUGCUGUGACUUCCUUCAGUCUCAGUUGCAUCCCACCAAUUGCCUGGGCAUCCGUGCGUUUGCAGAUGUGCACACCUGCACCGACCUUCUGCAGCAGGCCAAUGCUUAUGCAGAGCAGCACUUUCCAGAGGUGAUGCUGGGGGAAGAAUUUCUUAGCCUAAGUCUGGACCAGGUGUGCAGCUUGAUAUCCAGUGACAAGCUGACUGUUUCUUCAGAAGAGAAGGUAUUUGAAGCUGUGAUUUCGUGGAUCAAUUAUGAGAAAGAAACUCGUUUAGAGCACAUGGCAAAGCUGAUGGAACAUGUCCGUCUCCCUCUUCUACCUAGGGAUUACCUAGUCCAGACAGUUGAAGAAGAAGCUUUGAUAAAGAAUAAUAAUACCUGUAAAGACUUCCUCAUCGAAGCCAUGAAAUAUCAUCUGCUCCCUCUGGAUCAGAGACUCCUGAUUAAGAACCCGAGGACCAAGCCUAGGACUCCAAUCAGUUUACCCAAGGUCAUGAUCGUGGUCGGUGGCCAGGCACCCAAGGCGAUCCGCAGCGUGGAGUGCUAUGAUUUCGAGGAAGACCGAUGGGACCAGAUUGCUGAGCUUCCGUCCAGGAGAUGCAGAGCAGGUGUGGUGUUCAUGGCUGGCCACGUGUAUGCUGUGGGCGGGUUUAACGGCUCACUGCGUGUGCGGACAGUGGAUGUGUAUGACGGUGUGAAGGACCAGUGGACGUCUAUUGCCAGCAUGCAGGAACGCCGGAGCACGCUGGGUGCAGCCGUGCUCAACGACCUGCUCUACGCUGUGGGGGGCUUUGAUGGCAGUACUGGCCUCGCAUCAGUGGAAGCCUACAGCUACAAGACCAACGAGUGGUUCUUCGUGGCCCCAAUGAACACGAGACGGAGCAGUGUGGGUGUGGGUGUUGUGGAGGGAAAGCUCUAUGCUGUUGGGGGUUACGACGGGGCUUCCCGCCAGUGCCUGAGCACCGUGGAGCAAUACAGCCCGGCGACCAAUGAGUGGACAUACGUGGCCGACAUGAGCACCCGCCGCAGUGGCGCAGGGGUCGGGGUUCUCAGUGGACAGCUGUAUGCCACAGGUGGGCAUGAUGGGCCUUUGGUGAGGAAGAGCGUCGAGGUUUAUGAUCCUGGAACAAACACCUGGAAGCAGGUGGCGGACAUGAACAUGUGCCGACGCAAUGCAGGGGUCUGUGCAGUGAAUGGGCUCCUGUAUGUGGUUGGCGGGGAUGACGGGUCCUGCAACUUGGCUUCGGUGGAAUACUACAAUCCUGUCACCGACAAAUGGACGCUGCUGCCAACCAACAUGAGCACAGGGCGGAGCUACGCAGGUGUUGCUGUGAUUCACAAGCCCUUGUGACCUCAACUCCCACUGCCAGGAGGUGGGGAAGGGAGGGGUGCUGCCUGGAACUCAGAACAGAGGGAUCACCAGGACUGGACCCCACUUUCUGGGAGAGUCUGCGGCAGAGCGCGAGCCGCCCUCCUCCGACUUGGCAGAGAAGAGUCCGGAGUGAAGACUGGGGACCCACCUCCUGCACCCCUGAGGGGUUUUGGCCUCUGUCCCGAGCAGUGGGUUCCUGAUAGCUUUGUGGCACCUUUGGGCUUUUUGAAGCCCCCGAGGACUGCUCAGUCUUCAGACCACUGGUCUCUGAUGUCAUGAAUUCUACGUUUGGGAGAUUUUGUGUCUCUUCAGUUGGGAAAACUGGCUCUUCAGAGAAGCCCCGAGUAACACACUAGGAAACAGGUGCCAUUUGAAUUGCCUCCAUGCUCCCCAUUUGCACCUUGGAUCAAGUUGGGCGGUUGGACAAACUCAUUCUCCAGCUAGCUGGAGUUUUUAAGUGUUUGCCUGAAGAAGCAAGGAGGUUGGAAGGUAUUUUUUAAGUGUUUGCACUAUGCAGAGUCCUAAGCCCCUCCCGUUCAGCGGUGCUGUGCACCCGCUGACCAAGCUGGGAACUGGCAGCACUUCCAGCUUGGGAGGGAAGAGGCGUCCUCGGGGCGAUGUGCACAGCUGUGCAGCCCUGUGCAGCCUGUCGCGGCUCAGCGACGCGGCAUCGGCCAUGGCAGGAACGCAGGGGCUGUGGUGUUGGAGAAACAAAUUGCUCUCGUGCUAUGUUCUUGCCUUUGAUUAUGAAAUUUCAGAUUAUUUCCUCCCUUUCUCAGUGGCAAUAAAGGACCCUUGUUGGAUUUGGUUAAUUUGUAUGUGAUGUGUAAAAUACUUUCUUUGAAAGAAAACUCAAGGCACUGAAUGUGUAUGUCUGUGUGGGUGUGCUGUCUGUGUGGUUGCCCAUAGGCAGGCCGACUUGACCACUGACACCACGUAACACGUCGCAUAGGUAAGGUCCUUGAUCUGCUGUUUUCUGCUGGGACAUUAGGGACUGUACAUCUUAUAAAAGGACACUUGUCACAUGCUUGAUCAGUCACGGUGGUAGCUGAAGAAACAGUUCCUCAAAUGUGUUAUUUUAAUAGGAAUCAUGUUCUAGUUUCCCAUGCUUUGUUACUUUAAUUUUAAUAAAAGCUGAACUGUGAGAACCUUUCUCGGUAUUUGAUUUCUGUAGUCCAGCCUCU